AUUACGAUUCACGAUAACCGUGCGCAGCGAGUAGAAAAUACCAAUAUGAGAUUUGAAAUAAAAGCGUUAAAGCGUGGGCAAUAACGUCAAGCAGACAGCAAUAGCUCGACGAAGCGCACUAACGGUUAACACCACACAAACUGCUGCUUAUCUCACGCCUUUCCUUUUAGAGUUUUACCAAAAUGCAACAGCAACGCAUUUAUCUACACGGCUUAUGGCUAAUCAGCAUAUUUUUCUAUUGCUCAUAUGGCAGCACCGAAGCUCAAAUGCUGAAGGAAGUAGUUGGAUUACAACAACCAACGGUGGAAGUGAUUCAACAACGGAACUUUGAAUUGUUGCAGGAAGCAUUGCCGCUCGGCUGGAAGGCAUUCUGUGAAGCGCCCGUUGACGAGUCUGUCAUGCUGCUGCAAAAUGGCGUCAACCCCUGCGAUGCCAGCAUACAUGUCAUGACAAUCACAAAUCAAAGUAUACAAUUGCCCAUCAAGGCGAUAUCCGAGGUCAGUGACUUCGACAUCAAUCCGAAGCGCAAGACCUUAGUCUAUGUGAAUGCCUACUACACACCCGACAGCUAUUUCAGUGUGCAGUCGCAUCUAAAACUAUUACAGACGACACGACGUGAUCUCAACAUUGUGGUUGUGGACUUUGCCAAAGAUUUGUUGCAAUUAUAUUAUACCGUGCGUCAUCAUGUAGUCGUACAGGGUCAUUUUGUGGCGAAAAUACUUAAUGCGUUAAUGCAAAAGGGCGUUGCUCCAGAGGAUGUUACUUUGGCGGGCCAUUCAGUGGGUGCGAAUAUAGCGGCAUUGGCAGCCAACAUCUAUGUCGAGCAAGUGUCCAGCUCUAACGCACGCGUGGGUCAAUUAGUGGCCAUUGAUCCGGCGUUGAUGUGUAGUCCAGCUGAUAUAUACGUACAGGCAAAUGUCAGCAGUCGCGUGAUCGUUAUACACGGUGAGGGUGAUGUAUUUGGUGUACGUGAACAACGCGGUACUAUCGACAUCUAUCCGAAUGGUAUCGGUUUCUUUACACGUCGUAAAUUACAACCAGGCUGCAAUACGAAGAGUUGCAGUCACAUGUACUCGUUUCUUUUGUUUAUGGAGGCACUGAUCGAGGGUGUUAUGAUACCAGCAGUGAAAUGUGAUAGUUGGUCAGACUUCCGAAAGCGCCAAUGUGAUUUCAGUGAUGCAUUGGCGAUCGGCUUGAAAUAUCCCAUGAAGGCUAAGGGUAUCUACUUUUGUUUAACACAACCAAAUCCACCGUUUACUUUCAUGGAGCAUGGUAUAAAAUAUCAACGCAGCUUGGCAUCCGGCGCCAAAACAAAUUUUAUCUAAAAGCUGGCAAGUAAACUGAUGCUUAAGCCUUACAUACGAUAGUUGAGAACAUAAGUCGCUAGAAUAUAUACAAGUAGAAAAAAUUAAAAUUGAAUGUUUUCUUUAUUCGAUAUGAGUAAGCUGGUUUGAUAAGCGAGCUUGUAGUUCUAUUAUAAAAAGUGUGUGGUAAGCGAAGAAACCUUGUAUAUGACUUUAAGUGAUAAGCUCUUGUACGUGGUCUGUAUAUUACACAAGUGGCCGAUUUGAAUAUCUUAAAACAUAGAAUUCCUCCGAAAGGCGAUGUGAAAAAUAUAUGGACUAUAAACUGGCUUACUAUCCAUAUUAUAUCAAUUAAAUUCCAAUAAUCCUUGUCUAGUUAUAAGAUAAUAAGUGUGGUCAUCGAAGCCAUCUAACAGGAUAUCCAUAAAACUCUCUCUUCUCUUUCAUAGCUUGAAAUAUAUACCAUAAGUUAUUUAUAUUGAAGUCAACAUAGGAAAACCCCUGUUGGAGACAUGUUCACUAAGCGCAUUAACAUAGAAAUUACAGGUCUUAUUAUGGAUAGUGUGUUCUGGAUCCACGCUCAUCAUACUGAGAUAGU